AUGGUGCAAUCUGCCCUUCGAACCCUCCUGCGAUGCCCACCAGCUCGACCGCGUCUCUGUGUGUACAGAGCACAGUCUCGAAGCGGGCGGGCGGGACAUUGUCAUCCAUGGCGGCGGGCCUUUUCAGACAGCUCAGAGUCGGCGACGGCGACGACAUCGAGGGGGUCUCAGGGUACGGGCGCAGAAGGGACCGAACACUUCCUGGGCGGCGUGUUCGUCGGCACUGGGGCGGUACUUACGGUGCUCUACUAUUCUGGCGGGCUAUCGGCGCUUGAACCCAAUCCCAAACAACCUGAAGACGCAGGACGAGAUAUAGGCUCGACCUCAACCUCGACCUCGCCCCUCGAGUCCGUCUCUGCGCCACAAUACGACCUCUCCGAGUCCAACAUCCUCGGCGCGCAGCAGGAAUUUGUGGGCAUUCUCAGUGCCGACGGCGUGGAUGACACGCUCAGCGCGCGCAUCGCCCGCUCCAGCACCGACUGGUCGCCCGCGCCACGCGGCGAGCUCGACCGACCAUGUCUGAUCGUGUACCCGCAGACGACAGACGACGUGAGCCGCAUCGUGCAAGUCUGCCAUCGGCGGCGCCUGCCCAUCAUCGCGUUCGGCGGCGGCACGAGUCUCGAAGCGACUCUCGCGGCGAUCCACGGCGAAGUGUGCAUUGAUUUCCGGCGCAUGAACCGAGUGCUGGAGGUGCACGAGCGCGACCUCGACGUGACCGUGCAGCCGGGCGUCAGCUACCUCGAGCUCAACGAGCUCCUUGCCCGGCACGGCCUGUUCUUCCCGCCGGAUCCGGGCCCCGGCGCCCAGAUCGGCGGCAUGAUCGCCCAAGGCUGUUCCGGCACAUCGGCGUACCGCCACGGCACGGUCAAGGACUGGGUGCUGGGGUUGACCGUGGUGCUGGCCGACGGGACGGUGAUCAAGACGCGACGCAGGCCCAAAAAAUCCUCCGCCGGCUACGAUCUGACUCGUCUCUUCGUCGGGUCGGAAGGCACGUUGGGCCUCGUGACGGAAGCGACGCUGAAACUGACCAGUAAGCCGGACAACGUGCGAGUUGCCGUGGUCUCGUUCCCGACCGUUCAGCACGCCGUCGACGCCGCGGUCCAAAUGGUCCAGAAGAGUCUUCCGCUCGGGGCGCUCGAGUUGCUGGACGGCCCGUCCAUGCGCGCCAUCAACCGAUCGGGAUACUGCCACAAGGAUUUUGACGAGGCGCCGGCCUUGUUUCUCAAGUUCGAGGGUUCUGACGCCGUCGUGGCCGAGCAGGUCGACGUGGUCCGCGCGAUCGCAAGGGACGCCGACUGUCGUUCCUUCCAGUUCGGCAAGGACCAGGAAGAGUCGGAUGCGCUGUGGCAGGCCAGGAAGACCAUGCUCUGGAGUUUGAUGACGUUGAAGCGUGACCCCGACGACAAGUUCCUCGGCACCGAUCUGGCCGUGCCGAUUUCGCGUUUGGCCCAGGUGGUCGAGGUGACGAAUCGCAAACUGGCCGAGAGCGGACUGGUGGGUGCGUGCUGUGGCCAUGUCGGAGACGGCAACGUCCAUGCCGCCAUCUUCUACAACCCGGCGGAAAAAGAGAAGGCGGAAAAGCUGGUGCUGGAAGUCGAACAGUUUGGGAUCCAAGCCGACGGCACCAUCACCGGCGAACACGGCAUCGGGCUGGAAAAGCGAGACCGGCUAAUCGACGAGUUGGGGGUGGACGCGGUCGACACGAUGCGGAGGCUCAAGGUCGGGUUGGAUCCGUUGGGACUUUUGAAUCCGGAGAAGGUGGUGCGGUUGAGUCCUGCUUCGAGGGGAUAG